AUGCCAACAAUCCCUUCACCUUCUUCCUCUUCGACCUCCACAACGGAAACUACACUUCCUACACCUGAUCAAUCGUAUUCGUCAAGGCGUUCUUCCGUUGCUUCCCCUUAUAUCUACUCAUACGGCAUGUCGGAAAACCUGGCCGGAGAUGAAGGUGAUCUCUUCUCACCUCUGGGGAUACAAAUAGGGAAUGAAGACGGAGCAGAAACACCCAAAGGCAAAGGGAUGCUACCUUCUACAUCGGUUGAGCCUGAGCAUAGCUCUCACUUGAACGGGAACACGAAUGGUAUCAGCUCACCUACACCAUUCUCGCGUCGACGGUCCAACACAGGUAAUAGAGCACCACCACCUCCACCCAUAUUCUUACGGAAAGCUACUGGAAUGCAAGGUGACGAUGAAGAUGAGAUGGUGCCUAUACCUGGUUCAGCUUCAACCGCAAGUGGAUCCGUACCAAGUUCAGCGAAAGGACUGAAUAUAACAGGCAUGUCCAUACCGACUUUAACCUCGCCUACUGAGAUUGAGAGAAUUGAAGGUGACGAAGAAGGAGAAGAAGAUGCUUUACCUGAAUUAAUGGCAUCUCCUAGACCAAGGUUGAACUUUAAUUCAGCAGAAGGUGCACCUGCGUCUCCUGCUUGGCAAUCUUUCGAAGCUCCUUCUUCCGCUGGACUGAAUCCUUCUUCUUCAUGGGGCAGGAAAACCUCCUUAGAUGUUCCUUCACCUUUAGGUCCAAGAAAUAACGAAAGGAAAUUCGAACCUACACCUCAACAUGGUAUUCACGCUAGGAACUUAUCACUAUUCUUCCCUCAGCCUGGAAAUCCAAUUCCCCAAAGACAACAAAAUGGUAGUCCAAUGUUAAUGGAGAGUCCCGUACAACCUAAUGAAACUUUGAUACCUAGUGCAAAGGGUGAUAGAAACGUUUUUGGCGGCUCAGGCAGUUGGAGUUUCGGUCAAGCUCCUCCAACUGAUGAAGGUGAUCUGCAAACUCCUGAAAAUAUCAAGAAAAGUAAAAGACGAGGUCAUCAUCAUAAACAUUCUUUAUCGCAUAAUUUCUUCUCAUUCCUGGAUCCUACGCAUACCAAUCCUUCUCUGGCGACUUCACCUUCGCCGAAACCACCUUCGACUCCUGGGCCAGAGGCUACUCCUGCUCCAGUACCGAUGCCAUCUCUGGGUGUAUCGGCGCUCGCUUCUCCUACACUCUCACCUUUACCGCCUUCCAAAUCCGACCCAAAACAGCAGUUUCUACUCUCUUUCGCCGUAUUGGAGUUCUUAAUAGGAGCUGGUUUGUGGGUAGAAGGUCAGAUGUCAGGCUGGAGAUGUUUAGCUGGAGUAGGAUACUUAGUGGUCUUUGACGCCAUCGGUGUUGCAGUAGAAAUGGUAGCUAGGAAUGAAGGUCAAGGAUGGAACACUAUACGGAGGCCAUACGGACCCUCAAGGUAUAUCUCAUUGCUAUAUUUCACCCAAUCCCUGUUUUUGGUGUUCUCGGCUGUAUACAUAGCGAAAGAAGCGAUCGAGCAAGUCGUUCUCGGUUCCGGAGCACAUGAACACGCAGUUGGAGGUCAUGGACAUGGCGAAUCGGUAGCUGAAGGAGAUGAGAGGGACUUCCCACAUUUCUUAUUGGCUUGCGCAGCUUUAGCUAGUACCUUUGCUGGAGGUGUUUUGGGUAAUCAUGGGAAAUUAGUCGAUGCGGUCGGAUCCCUGUUUCUCACCUCCACGUACCUCUCAUUGCCCUUUGUAUCCAGAUUCUCAAGUCUACUGGCAAAUCCUUUUAGCUUGACUAUAGCGGGAGUCAGUGCUGGUAUUGGACUUAGUAGUCUGAUUGUACCUCCAUCCGCCCUUCAUUCACUCGAUUCCUUUAUCUCACUCAUUUUGACAAUACUUACCUGUGCUUUAUCUUACCCGCCCACCGUAGCAUUUGCACAUGUUCUCCUCCAAACCGCACCCGCUUCCACUCAAACCCAAAUGACAUCAUUACGCAAGGCGAUAAAAGAUAUCAAGGAUGAUAGGAGAGUCUUAGGACUAGGUACGAUGCGAUGUUGGAUGAUUACAGCUGGGAAAGGAUCGUUUGAAGAUCGGUAUGAGUACUCAACUACAACAACACCUACUCACUCAAGAUCAGUUUCUGCUUCCGGAUCAGGGUCAUUUUCGACACCUUCUUCACCUAAAUUCUUCAAUCAAGCACAAUCACCCUCCUUCAAGCAAUUCUCGUUUGAUACGCCUUCUUCUUACCCUUCAGCUUAUGGCAAUACCACUACAAAUCAACAAGGACAAGCGAAAAACAAGGACGAUGGUGCUUCGUUAGUAGUCACAUUGAUUGUACACGUUCAUCCAGACUCAAGUGAUAGAGAUAUCUUAGAAAUCACUAAAAUGAGUUAUACAAAACUAGAAUAUGCUAUUUCAUCGAAUCCAGGUGGUUUAGGUAUUAAUAGAAGGGACGGAGAGGUCUCCAUUUCUAUUAAAAGAGGUUGGGAAGGUUUAGAAGAUGGUUAA